GCCACAAGAAACGUAAGCUGGACUAAAUUGCCCUUGCCCGCACGUCCCUUGGCCCACCGCCUGGACUCGUCUCGCCCGCGGCCGAUCUCUGCAUCCGCUCGCCGCGCCGCAACCCGGAGGCCGGAGGAGACUGCGCUCAGUCGAGCACCACCUGGGGCCCAGCAUCCUCGCGACCAUCUCCGGCACGGCGUCCGCCCUCUGCAGCCCCGGUGUCCCUGCGACCGUCGCAGCUGUCCUACUUCGCCACUGGCCACUUCGCCCGGCGACGAGCACCACCAAAACACUAGUGUCACCUUGGGACUGGCAGCAUGUUAUGUUUGACAGUAUGACUAGCAAUUUCUGAUCACAUGGUGAAUUUCUGAGAUUUGAUUAAGAUUGUCUAUAAAGGACGUUGACUUCUUUUCUGUAAUAAAUAUGGGAGCUAAUUGCUGCAUAGCUGCCAAGGAAAAUUCUCAGCCAUGUAUGGCCCCAAUUGAAGUUUCUACAUACCGGGUAAGGCACUCGCCAUCAUGGAGCUUCCGGUGGGACAACCGUACACACAUAGAGGAUAUAAUGGAGAACAGUACUGUGUUCUCUAAUCAAAGUAGUGGAAACAUUCAUCUAGAAGUAAAGAAUAGUUUCAUUGCACCAACUGAAGGCCAUAACAGUGGGGAUAGUCGUUCUGAUGUUCUCCGCAGGGUCAAGUGGCAAAAAUCUGACAAAAAGAUGGAAGCAUCCAAGCUCUCAAAAUUUGAUCCUCCAGCACAUCAGUCUACUGCAGCCAAUCCAACUCUUGAGGCUAAGUCUUCUAAAGCCCCUGACAUAGUAACUGUUGCUUCAGAUACAAAGACAUCAGAGUCUCUUCCUUCAACACUUCCCCUUGUACCGAAGGCAGAUUCAGAAGAUCCUUCCUCCUCUAGAAGUCAUUCUAUUUGCAUUGACCCAAAUUCGACAAAGGAAGCAACCCAAUUGCCUGGGCAUCAACUAUACAGGCAGAGCUUGGAUGUAAACAUUCCAUCCCUUAAACUUUUAAUUGGAAACAGCUCUGCAGAAAGGCCAUCAAGCUCCAAGCUUUCUGCCUGUAGCAAUGAUAUGUUUGCAGGGCAGUUGCAAGGUGAAACAUCUGAUGGAUGGUCAACUCGCACACCCUCUGAUUUGGUGGCCACAACUGAAAGAGAUAGGUGGUCUGUUGACAAUGAGCUCCUUUGCUCCAAUGCUAGUAAAACAUCAAGAUCAAUUGGUUCACAUCCCAGUGCACUCUCCCCUGGCCAAGAGGUAUGCAAGCUAUGUUCGAGGCUAUUAAAGGAGCGGUCUUCAUGUAACGGUCAUGAACUGGCAGUAGUUGCAGUUUUAUUCUGUGGUCAUGCAUAUCAUGCAAAUUGUUUAGAUAGUAUUACUGCAGAAAGUGAGAAAUAUGAUCCUCCUUGUCCUGUAUGCACCCAUGGUGAGGCAUGUACAACAAAACUGUUUGAAAAGAUGGAACUGAAGGUUAAAAGCAAGACAUCGAAAAAUAUGGCUGAUACUGAUCUUGAUGGGAGCUUUAAGCACCAGAAGAAAGUUAAGAGAGAACCCAGGUUUGGCACAAGUUCUAGCAUGAAGGCUACGUUUAGUCGUCCGUUUUUGAGGAGGCAUUUCUCCACUGGUUCUCAACCAUCAACACCAGUUUCAGGGAGUGAACCAACAAGAAAGAAGGGCUUCUGGUCAAGGCAUUGGAGAGAAUAGCCAGCUUGACAUCAUUCAAUGUGGAGAGAAUCAUAGUGCCAUAUCUUUUCAUGUUAAUUUACUGGGGCAGGGCUGCUGCUGUGAGCUCCUGGUAAAGCAAUGAUCUAGUGUAGGCAAACUGGGGCAAGGGUUUGGUCUGUCUGAGCUGGCCAUACAAUCUAUAUGAUUCUGCAGUAUUCAUAUCGUAGAAGCACUCAUUGUGCUAGCACAAAUGUAGUGUUUAAAAGCAUGUCUUAUAGUAAGCAAGUAUGCGACCAAGGGUGGUUGUAUUCGUGCAGACAAUAGUCAUAGUUACCAGUAUAAAGAACAGAAAAAGGGUAUAAGUUUCAGGAGGGUAUCAUGCUCUGUUGAAAGGUUAAAACACAGAUUGCUGUUGAAUUGUUAUCUUAUUAUUGCAAGCUGCAACCAGCUGAAACAUUUUUUAUUGUUUGGGGACGUUCUGGUAA